AUGGGAGUGGCGGUGCGGCCCCCAGCCCUGCGGCACUGGUUCAGCCACUCAAUUCCUAUCUUCGCGCUGCUGCUGCUUUAUCUCAGUGCUCGGAGCCUAGGCGCCCGCUCGGGCUGCGGACCCAGGGCACAGCCCUGCGUUCCAGGGGAAACUGCGCCCUUCCAGGUCCGGCAGGAGUCGGGACCCCUGGAGGCCCCGGAGAGGAAACAGCCUCCGUGUCUGGGCCCUCGGGGGAUGCUGGGCCGCAUGAUGAGGCCGUUCCACGCCAGUCUGAAACCCGAAGGGGAUGUGGGGCUGUCGCCGUACCUGGCGGGAUGGAGGGCACUCGUCCAGUUCCUGACUCCCCUCGGCUCCGUCUUCGCCUUCGCCACUAGGGAGGCCUUCACCAAGGUGACAGCCCUGGAGGCUCGGGUGCACCGCCCGGACGCGGAGCACUACUGGUCGCUGGCGGCCAAGGCGGCCUGGGAGCAGAGGGCGGGACUGCUGGAGCAGCCGGGGGCGGCUCCCCGGGACCCGGCCCGGAGCUCGGGCUCUCGCACGCUGCUCCUGCUGCACCGCGCGCUGCGCUGGUCCCAGCUCUGCCUCCACCGGGUGGCGACCGGCACGCUGGGAGGCCCGGAGGCGGGCGUGCAGUGCAGCGACGCCUACCGUGCGGCCCUGGGCCCGCAUCACCCCUGGCUGGUCCGUCAGACCGUCCGCCUCGCCUUCCUCGCCUUCCCCGGUCGCCGCCGCCUGCUGGAGCUGGCGUGUCCCGGAGCCACCGAGGCGGAGGCGCGGGCCGCGCUGGUCCGGGCCGCCGGCACCCUGGGGGAUGUCUACAACCGCACCCAGAGCCUGCUGGCCGAGCGCGGCCUGCUCCAGCUGGCCUAAGACGGCGGCUGCGGGGACCAACGGGAACGGAGCGGACCGCCCGGGGUGGGACCGCGCAGCCCGGGGUCAGUCCUGCAGCCUGCGCCGCGGCCGCCUCGGUAUCCCGCCUCUUCCGUGACGUCGCCGCGGCGAGGGCCAGCCCCGUCAGAGAAUGGCGUUGAGCUCCCUCUGUCCGCAGUCUCGGAAAGACGGGAGGAGCUGUGAGGAAUAAAAAGCAGUAUUUGGGCCGGGCGUGGUGGCUCAAGCCUGUAAUCCCAGCACUUUGGGAGGCCGAGGCGGGUGGAUCACGAGGUCAGGAGAUCGAGACCAUCCUGGCUAACACGGUGAAACCCCGUCUCUACUAAAAAAUACAAAAAAAUUAGCCGGGCGUGUUGGCGGGCGCCUGUGGUCCCAGCUACUCGGGAGGCUGAGGCAGGAGAAUGGCGUGAACCCAGGAGGUGGAGGUUGCGGUGAGCCGAGAUCGCGCCACCGCACCCCAGCCUAGGGGACAGAGAAAGACUCCGUCUCAAAAAAAAAAAAAAGCAGUAUU